UUGCCACGUACAGAAGAAAUAAAACAUUCAGUUCGCCUUGGAGUCGGCAGCUGGUCGGUCACAAAAAAUGGGACGUUGGACAUUCAACAAUUUGGCGGAAUUGUCGCAGGCCGAAAACAUGCGGCCAACCAGGGCUACUGUUAGGGAUAGUCUAGUGUUAAGAUCGACCGUGGCAACUAUGUGGCCUUACUUGGCGAUCAAUAGCGUCAAAUUGAAACGUCAAUUCAAUUGUCUCAUUGCUCCUCGGCUCGGUUGAAGGAUUCGCCUACCUCAGUUGCAUUUGGCGUCACCGGAAAGUCAAGAACAUCCUGACCGUCUCCUUGCUAGUGGCGUUCCUCUACUUCCUCCUGAUGCUCACCACAGGUGCUGGCCGAGAUGAGCAGAUUUACGCCCGCGAGCUCGGAUUGAAAAUCCGCAUCAUCAAGUGGCUUCCGGGCGGUGAAACGGAGCGUGGCGAUUUCAAUCGGCGCAUCUUUUUCCACGAGACGAGCGGCAGGAGCGAUUUGGGAUUGCGUCAAACUUGCACGGUCGAAUCGGCGGCCAAAAACAAUCCCGGCCGGCCCAUUCAAGUUUUCAUGACGGCCGAUCGACUGGAUUAUUCCAGUCCCUGGCUGGAAGUCCUUCAAAAUUACCCGAACGUGUCGAUCGUCAUGGUCGAUCCUCGAUCCUAUUUCUCCAAAACUCCGCUGGAUGGAUGGUACACCGAGGGAGAAUGGCGGAAGAGUAUGUACAACAUCGUCCACCUGUCGGAUUACAUCCGCGUAUUAACUCUGCUCAAAGGUGGCGGCAUGUACAUGGACCUGGACAUCAUCACGCUGAAAUCGCUGGAUGAGAAACUGUUGCGGAAUUUUUUCCUGUUUGAAACGGAGGAGAUGAAAUUGUUGUCCAAUUCCGUUUUGCACCUGGAGCGCGGCCAUUGGCUGAUCGAUGAAAUGAUCCAGCGGCUAGUCAAGUAUUACGAUCCCAACGAAUACAUGUGGCACGGACCGUCCAUGAUCAGCAACAUCAUGAGCCGGAAGUGCGGAGUCAAACGCGGCCAGCCCAACUCCAACAACUGCACCGACGUCCAUAUUUUGCCGCACUACAAUUUCGCGCCAAUUUCAAACAACGGAUGGGAGAUCCUGUUUGGUGACGCCACCCCGGAUAGACUGGCCCAGGUCACCAACGGAAGUUACGGCGUCCAUUGCUGGAGUGGCAAAUCCAAGGAGGAACAAUUAAAAGUCCAUUCCAAUCAAGUGUACUCGGUCCUGGCUCGUGAGCACUGUCCUUUAACCAUCGCCUUCGGAGCAGCCGAUUUUUUGGCUUAACACGCAUUUGUGCAUUGUUUGGAAAAUUGAAUUGGGAUGAUACAAAUUUUCUAAACUUCCAAGAAAUGUAAUAGGGUACAUAUAAACCAACGUUCUAUUGCCAAUAAACCAUUCUUUGCCA